AUGGCUCGCCAACAAGCUCCUGUCAUCUGUCAAGCCACUCUGGGUCGAAGAUCCCUAGAGCUUCAACUUACUUUCGCGGCUGACGAAACCUCCCGUGAGGAAACACAGGUGGAUAGACCAGGGUUUCUGCAUAACUGGGAUUGCUCUUCCAGGAGGAAAGAUGUAGCUCCCACGUUUGGUCGGCUGUCUUGCCAUGAUAUGACUCUGAACUAUGUGCAGACACCCCAUUUGGUUGCUCUCCGUCAACUAAGCGAACUUCUUUUUGAUAUUGUUCCCACAACAGUUUUCCAAAAUCUGGACGGAAGGCCAACUACUCACGCAAACCGUACCGAUUCAGCUACUGAAACGCAAGCCGAGAAUUCUGACGUGGAAAUGGAUGAUCUGGAACGUGUCGUCAUUUUGCCUGACAGACCGGCUAGUAGGGAAUUCGCGGUAAUGCAAAGCUUGGAUUUGGGUGAAUCUCAUGUGGAUGGGGGUGUUGGAACUCGUUCGAUUCUUCUGACGUGUGGAUGA